AGUCAGAGAAGUGUUAAAGCAUCGUAACUGUCAGCACCACAGCUCCGUAAUCGCCCUGUCAUCACCGAUUCGUCCACUCUCGUCUCCUCCUGCCCCUCCUCCCGGGGCCACGCUGGACCCCGCCUCUCCAGCAGCGCUCGUGGAGGGUGAAACAGCCACAGAUGGUGCUAAAACACACAAGCAGCCGGUCUACUGAAAAUGUGUGUGUGUGAGAUAGUGAAACAAAAAGUGUGAGCUCAAGAGAGAGACGGGAGACAUCUUACAAGGGAGCGCUCGGCACCCCUGGGACACACAAGGAAAUAUUUAUGACCCGGCGACAGUGAGUGACCCCCCUCGCGCAGACAGCAUCUCUGUCGGAGGAGCUGCGAGCUGCUCUGCAUGUGCCGGCGUUUGCAGACUCGCAGGUUCGGGCAGGGAAGGAAAAGAGGGACUUGUCAAACCCUUUGAGGAUUAAAGCGCUGAAAGGAUCCAGAUUGUCAACAUGAGCAGCUGCAGAAAGAGAUGCAAGAGGGAGAUUCUGAAGUUUGCACAGUAUCUCUUUAGACUUAUCACUGGUACACUACAUUCAGAUAGUGUCGAAGAUGAGCUGGAGCUUUCUGCUGUACGGCAUCGACCAGAAGCUCUGGAACAGCUGGAGGCUCAGUCACGCUUCUCUCGCAAAGAGCUUCAAAUCCUCUACCGGGGCUUUAAGAACGAAUGUCCAAGUGGUGUGGUCAAUGAAGAUACAUUUAAGGAUAUUUAUGCUCAGUUCUUCCCACAGGGAGAUGCAUCAACAUACGCACAUUUUCUGUUCAAUGCAUUUGACACAGACCACAACGGCUCCGUCAGUUUUGAGGAUUUUGUGAUGGGUCUUUCCAUUCUGUUGCGAGGCACAAUCCAGGAGAAACUCAACUGGGCGUUUAACCUAUAUGAUAUAAAUAAAGAUGGAUAUAUAACGAAAGAGGAAAUGUUUGAUAUCAUAAAGUCCAUCUAUGACAUGAUGGGAAAGUGCACAUAUCCCAUCCUUAAAGAGGACACUCCACGACAACAUGUGGAGAUAUUUUUCCAGAAAAUGGACCGAAACAGAGAUGGAGUGGUCACUAUAGAUGAAUUUAUAGACUGCUGCCAAAACGAUGAGAACAUCAUGAGAUCGAUGCAGCUUUUUGAGAAUGUCAUUUAACAUCUGAACAUAGACUCUGUCUGGCCGGUUCAUAUACAGUUACCACCUUUAUACUCCACAAACCCUGAUGUUUCCAAUGAUAUUGAAGGAGCGUGAACACUACCAUACCAGUGAUUUACCGGCAUUAACACCAUUUUUAAUAUCGAAGAAAUUAUUUUAUACAGGUUUUUUUCAUAUCCUUUACUUUGUUUAGUAAGGGAAUGUACAUAAUUCCUGCAAUGUUUCAGCAAAUCUCUGAAAAUGUAAAAAUUGGAAUUUGUUUGUAACAUUUAUUUCAUACAUUGUUUGAGAAAUGAAUUGUCCCUUUUUUCAUUUAACACUCAUGGCAAAUCUGCAUUUAACUCAAUAGCUAGGUUACCAAUGUUUUUAACACAUGGCACAGGACAGAUGCAUCAGACAGUUUACUAUAUAGAUUCAUAAACCAUUUACAUACAACUGUGCUUAUGACCUAUUGUGUAAAGCACAGAAAUCAAUAAUAAUUCAAAGUUCUAGCCUUCUUUCUGUCUAGAAGUACAAAUGUGCGACUCUGUCGCCUUUAAAUUUUUACAAAACCAUUCCAGAAAGUUCUUUCUAAACCAGUGGGUCCAGCCAAAACACGUAAAACAAAGAUAAAAAUACAAUUGUAUGUUUUUAAAAAUGUAUUUAAAGAAGAUAUUUACUUUUUUCAAUUUGCCAACUAGAGUAUCUAUUAUAGAUUGAAAGCUACAGGUAGCACUUCAAAGCACACAUUGUCUUUGUCUUAGGGAUAAAAACACACACAAUAAUGCUGCUUUUAUGUGUCUUUACAUUUAAAUGUCCUUGUGAAAAAUCACAUUUUCUGCUUUUAUGUUUACAUUUAUUUGGCACUGUAUUGCUGUUCUCGAAGCAACAGAAUUAAUGUUCGGAUUUAUUUAUUAAGAUUCAGCAUCAAGGGCUGCGGGCUGUUCAGUCUGUAGUCAUGCAGUGUAAGGUUUUUAUUUAUUUUUCAUCUGUGAACCUCAGUAUUUGUGUGUCUGUAAAGAGCAUAUAUUAAAGUCAAAGGAAUGUCA